GGCGGGAGCCAUGAAGCUCAACAUCGAUGGGCUCCUGGUCUACUUCCCCUACGACUACAUCUACCCCGAGCAGUUCUCCUACAUGCUGGAGCUCAAGAGGACCUUAGACGCCAAGGGCCACGGCGUGCUGGAGAUGCCCUCGGGGACUGGGAAGACCGUCUCGCUGCUGUCGCUCAUCGUCGCCUAUCAGCGGGCCCGGCCGCUGGAUGUCACCAAACUCAUCUACUGCUCCCGCACAGUGCCGGAGAUUGAGAAGGUCAUCGAGGAGCUGCGGAAGCUGAUGGAUUUCUACGAGAAGGAGCUGGGGGAGAAGGUGCCAUUCCUGGGGCUGGCGCUGAGCUCCAGGAAGAACCUCUGCAUCCACCCUGAGGUGUCCUCGCUGCGCUUCGGGAAGGAGGUGGACAGCCGGUGCCUGAGCCUGACGGCCUCCUACGUGCGGGCGCAGCACCAGCGCGAUGGAUCCCUGCCUGCCUGCCGCUUCUUCGAGGAGUUCGACACCCAUGGGCGCGAGGUGCCCAUCCCCUACGGCAUCUAUAACCUGGACGACCUGAAGGCCCACGGCCGCCAGAAGGGCUGGUGCCCCUAUUUCCUCGCCCGCUACUCGAUCCUCCACGCCAACAUCGUCGUCUACAGCUACCACUACCUGCUGGAUCCCAAAAUCGCCGACCUGGUGUCCAAGGAGCUGGCCAAGAAGUCGGUCGUGGUCUUCGACGAAGCCCACAACAUUGACAACGUCUGCAUUGACUCCAUGGGGGUGAACAUCACACGCCGGACGCUGGACCGCUGCCAGGCCAACGUGGCCACGCUCCAGGCCACCAUCCAAAAGAUCAAGGAGACGGACGCGCGGCGGCUGGCGGAGGAGUACCGGCGCCUGGUGGAGGGGCUGCGGGAGGCCAGCACGGCGCGGGAGACCGACCUCUACCUCGCCAACCCCGUGCUGCCGGAUGAGAUCCUGCAGGAGGGCCGUGGCCAUGGCCUGGCACGUGUGGCAGGGGAGCAGGUGUCGAAGGGCGUGGCUAAUGAUGGGUGGGCGUGGCCUGUGGGCGUGCCCAUUCUCACCCGUGACCCCGCCCCUCCUGCAGCCCUGAACAGCCUGGAGGGGGAGUUCAAGGGCCGGUACUACCCGCUGAAGGCCAUGACGGAGCAGGAGCAGCAGCAGCUCAUCGAUGACCAUUUCCUCUUCGACAAACUCUCGCCCCUGCUGCUGGCCUCGGGCAUGGCCCGCGACUGGCCCGAUGCCCGCGGCAUCUGGCACAAUGACAAUAAGACCUUCCUGGUAUGGGUGAACGAAGAGGACCACCUCCGUGUCAUCUCCAUGGAGAAGGGGGGGAACAUGAAGGAGGUGUUCAGACGCUUCUGCGUCGGCCUCAAGAAGAUCGAAGAGAUCUUCAAGAAGGCAGGCCACCCCUUCAUGUGGACGGAGCACCUGGGCUACAUCCUGACCUGUCCCUCCAACCUGGGGACGGGGCUGCGGGGGGGUGUCCAUGUCCGCCUGCCCAAGCUCAGCCAGCACCCCAAGUUUGAGGAGAUCCUCAAGCGCCUCCGCCUCCAGAAGCGUGGCACAGGUGGGGUGGACACGGCGGCUGUGGGCGCCGUCUUCGACAUCUCCAACGCCGACCGCCUGGGCUUCUCAGAGGUGGAGCAGGUGCAGAUGGUGGUGGAUGGGGUGAAGCUGAUGGUGGAGAUGGAGAAGAAGCUGGAGCAGAACCAGCCCAUCGAUGACAUGAUCCCUGCUCAAAAAUAGGGGACCCCCCCCCCUUGGACACCCCCCCAGGACCAGCCUCAAUAAACGCUGCUGGUCCCUGCUGUGAA